GCCCCUCACGCCUAUAAGAGGCCCCUGGUCCCAGCCCCACUAGGGGCUCUGGGAGUGCGCAAGACCCCACUGCUGCCACCCCCUGCUCUCCAAUCUCCCUUCCCCAGCCUUGCCCGUGCCCCAGUUAUCUGCCCAUCCAUUUGUCUGCUCAUCCAUCCAGCCAUCUAUUUACCUACCUAUCCAGCUAUCUGUCCAUUUCUCCAUCCAUCUACCCAUCUAGCUACCUAUCAGUCUCUGUCCAUCCAUCCAUUUAUCUACCCAUCAGUCUAUCCACCCAUCCAUCUGUUUACCUAUUUAUCUACCUACGUGUCUAUCUACCUAUUUACUUGUCUGUCCAUCUUUCUGUCUAUUAAUCUACAUACCUAAUUGAUCCAGCCAUCCAUUUAUUCCUGUAUCUAUCCACCCACCCUCACCCCUUCCUCCUUUCUCUCACCAUUCUGUGGUUAUGGCUCCGAGCGAAGUGAGCUGGGCAGAGCUGCCUGACGACUUCUAUCUGCCACCGGCAGUGGCUGGCCCCAACAUCACGGCCCGCAGCCCCUUCCUGGUGCCACAGACGCACCUGGCUGGGCCAGGGCUCUUCCUGGCCAUGGCAACCUUCAUGGGGCUGCUUGUGAUGUUGGGUGUCCCGCUCAACGCCCUCACCGUGCUCUGUGGCGCCCGCUACCGCAAGCUGCGCUCGCCCCUCAACUACAUCCUGGUCAACCUGGCUGGCGCCAACCUGCUGGUGGCUGGCGUGGGCUCCACCACGGCUACCUACAGCUUCGCCCACAUGUACUUCUCCCUGGGCCCUGCUGCCUGCAAAGCUGAGGGCUUCACCGCCACCCUUGGGGGCAUGGUGAGCCUAUGGUCACUGGCCGUGGUGGCCUUUGAACGGUUCCUGGUGAUCUGCAAGCCCCUGGGUAACUUCACCUUCCGUGGGUCCCAUGCUGCAGUUGGCUGUGCCCUCACCUGGGCCAUUGGCUUGGCUGCAGCCACCCCCCCACUCUUUGGCUGGAGCAGGUUUAUCCCAGAGGGGCUGCAGUGCUCAUGUGGACCCGACUGGUACACAACCAACAACAAGUGGAACAACGAGUCCUACGUGCUCUUCCUCUUCUGCUUCUGCUUCGGCCUCCCCCUUGCCACCAUCAUCUUCUCCUAUGGCCGCCUGCUGCUCACCCUGCGUGCUGUGGCACGGCAGCAGGAGCAAUCAGAGACGACACAGCGAGCUGAAAGAGAAGUCACACGCAUGGUGGUCGCCAUGGUGCUGGGCUUCCUGGCCUGCUGGCUUCCCUAUGCCAGCUUUGCCCUCUGGGUCGUCACCCACCGAGGCCAGCCCUUCUCCCUGGCCCUGGCCUCACUGCCGGCUGUCUUCUCCAAGGCCUCCACCGUCUACAACCCCAUCAUAUACGUCUUUAUGAAUAAGCAGUUCCGGGCCUGCAUGCUCAAGCUGAUCUUCUGUGGGAAGAGCCCAUUUGGGGAGGAGGACGAGACGUCCACUGCCUCCCAGUCCACCCAGAUGUCCUCGACCUCCAGCAGCCAGGUGGCACCCGCCUAGCCCACCAUGCCCUGUGACUUCCAUGGCGACCACUGGCACAGCCGGCCUGGCCUGCCACGGCUGCCUCACUGCUCCAGUGAUAUAUCCCAGUAUGCCCUACACCAUCAUGGCUGCUCAUGCCAGCCAGAUGUCCUACAAUGCCCUGCGUUGUCACGGCAGUCCAAGUAUCCCAGCAUACACCACACUGGCCUGGCUGCCCUGCUGCUCUGGCUAGGUAUCCCAGCAUGCCUUGUGCCAUCAUGGCUGCCCAUGCCAGCCAAGUGUCCCAGCAUGCACCACACUGCCAUGGCUUUCGCUAUACUAGCAUGCACUGCUGCAUCAAAACAGUCACAGCAACCAUGCUGCUCUGGGUACAUAGUCCAGCAUGUCCUGCACCAUCAUGGCCAUCCAUGCCAGCCAAGCAGCCCUGCAUGCAAUGCAUGGCCAUGGUCCCAGCUGUCCCAGCAUGCACUGCUCCAGGAAGGUCCUUGCUCCUUCCCAGCAUACCCUGGGGAACGGGACACCUGCCACUCCCCCACCUGUGCUGGAGGGAGGAGGUCCUUACCUGGGAAAAGUCCCUUUCCCAGCAACACAUGCAAACACACACACAAAUGUGUAUGGAACAUGCAUGAACACAUAUGAACACACACAAGCAUGCAGGAACAAAGAUCACGCAUGAAUUUGCAGGCACAUAUGAACAUGCAAACAUGCAUGAGCAUUCAAGCACAUGUGUGACCAUACAAAUACAUGCAUUAAUGUGUAUGAACACAGACACGUGAGCAUGCAUGAACACAGACCUAUUGACCAUGCAUGAACAUGCAUGGACACACAUGAACACAGAAGCAUGCAUAAACACACAGGCACAAACGUCAACAUGCAUGAAUGUGCAGACAGAUGUGAACAUGCAAACGUAGGAACAGACAUACAUAAAUAGAGACAUACAGGAACAUACAGGCAUUCAUAUGAAUAUGUAUGAACACAUACACACAGUGUUGUAUAUUGUAAAUAUCUUGAGCCUGGCAAUUACCAGCAUGCCCCUUGCUGUAACUGCUCCCCAUACCACCUGUAACAGCCUCUUCCCCCACACCCCCAGUGGUUAUAAUUACCCCUGGGCUCUAAUUGCUCCCCCUGUGGCUGUAAUGACUUCCAUUGCUGUACCCCACCCCCGGGCAAAUAAACCAGCACACUGGACCUGCAGCUGUGGCCUGGGGGCAGGAUCUUUGUUACUGAGGUUCUAGGGGGGUCCCUCUGACAUGUGGAGUCCCAGAGCCCUUUGGGGGGGCUCUGGGGCAGGCAGGGGUAGGGGCAGGGACAG